UGUGAUCUCAGAUGGCAGUAAGUGUUUUUAAAGGAAAGCCUUUAAACAAAACAUGAAGGCAACACAAGUGUGUUUUAAAGGGACGGAGAGCAGAUCUUGAGUAACCCUCCCUCCUGAGUCUGUGCCAGCUUCUCUUUACACCUCCCCUGCACCCCUGGCAUGACAUAUACCACUUGAGAGCUCUUAAUAUAGACCCAGCUGCUUUGUGGGAAAGGGUAACAAACGGGAGCGGAGUCACCAGCACUUUCCUGCUUUGAAAUCAACUUUUUCAUGGACACACAACAGAAAUUAUGGAGCCUCCCUCGCAGGUGUCACUCCCAGAAAAGAAGCAGGACGUAAAGAAAAAAGAAGCUGAUGCCACAAUCUACAUGAAUUUCAUGAAAAGCCACACCUGCUAUGACGCCAUUCCAACCAGCUGUAAACUGGUCAUAUUUGAUACCACACUGCAAGUGAAAACAGCCUUUUUUGCACUGGUGGCAAAUGGUUUGAGGGCUGCGCCUUUAUGGGACAGCAAGUUACAGAGAUUUGUGGGUAUGCUGACUAUUACGGAUUUCAUCAACAUCCUCCACUGCUAUUACAAGUCCCCUGUGGUUCAAAUGUACGAGCUGGAGAACCACAAGAUUGAAACAUGGCGAGGUGAUUCAUUUCAAAAUGUCCACUUACAGUGUUCCAAUCACUUCCUCAUUAGUAUUUCUCCCGAGGCCAGCCUCUUUGAUGCCAUCUAUUCCUUACUUAAAUAUAAGAUCCACAGGCUGCCAGUCAUCGAUCCAGAGUCUGGAAAUGUCUUGCACAUUCUCACCCACAAAAGAAUCCUCAAGUUCCUCCAUAUAUUUGGGGAAAAAGUUCCCAAGCCUGCAUUCAUUGGAAGGCCGAUCCAGGAGUUUGGGAUCGGAACUUUCAGGAACAUCGCCACCGUUCAGCAAACGGCAACACUUUUCGACGCCCUCUCCAUUUUUGUGGACAGGCGGGUGUCUGCACUACCUGUGGUGGACGAACAAGGCAAAGUGAUGUCACUCUACUCAAGAUUUGAUGUGAUUAAUCUAGCAGCCCAGAAGACUUACAACAAUCUGGACAUGCCUAUGCAGGAGGCCGCUCGCAGGCGCUCAUGUUUUGUUGAGGGAGUGAUCAAGUGCUACCCUGAUGAAACCUUGGAAACCAUCAUAGACCGUAUAGUCAGCGCUGAGGUCCAUCGGCUGGUCCUGGUGGACAGGGCUGACGUUGUGAAGGGCAUCAUCUCUCUGUCUGACCUGCUGCAGGCCAUGGUCUUAACCCCUGCAGGUAUUGAUGCUCUUCUGUCCUAGCACCAGAGGACACACAGGGUCAACCUUUUCCCCCUUUACCACCUGUGUAGACUUGCGUCAUGGCCAUGUAACCCAGCCCAGAAAUCAACGUGUGACUGAAACGAGAGGAAGAAAAAUACCCCCAUUAAGAUGUCUUCCGGGAUCUGUGUUCCGUGACCUUAUUAACUUAUAAGUAGUUUCACAGUCUAGUGGGACACCUGGUCACCCUAUCUAUGUGCUGUGUUCAAGUAACAAUAAUGACAGUGAGCUGACCUUGAUGCUGUAAUUAAUCUCUAUAGGUCUCCAGCACAAUGUGGCUGCAUUUGAUCAAAUUGAUCAAUAUGUGUUUACUCAAUACUGUAUAUUUCUGUGUUAAACAUUUAUAUCAAAACUUGCUGGUGUGUGGUAUUUCCUGGAUAAAUGCAGUAUAUGUAUAAUGUGUAUUAAAUACAUAAGCUAUAGUCCU